UAACUUUCACCAUGGCUAGUACUUACCAACCUCUGCUAGAAUCACCCAAGAGUACCAUACUUGGCUGCAAGACUCUCUACUUUGUCCUUUCACUAUCUGCUAUAAUCUUCUCCGUGGCUUUUCUUGUUCCAAAUCUAAUCAAAACCAGCCAAUAUGAUCCAUCAGUCCGUCCCCAUAUAUGUCACCGGGCUCAUAAUCCCGAGGCAUGCCUUACCAUGGUCUCUGAGGUAGUCUCCGAUGGACUGAUUCAAUCAGAUGAUUUGACCAUUCUGCAGAAAUUCUUGAUGAGCUAUGUGCAACACAUGGAGAGUGCAAUUGAGGUGGCUAGCCAAGUUAAGAAUCGGAUCAAUGACCAUAAUGAGCAGGCAGCGUUGGCGGAUUGCCUCGAGCUAGUGGACUUGUCCAUUGAUCGAGUAACUGAUUCGAUUGUGGCUCUAGCGAAUUGGAAUACCCUGUCUCAUGCUGAUGCACAGGCAUGGAUCAGUAAUGUACUUACAAACCAUGUUACAUGCUUGGAUGGGCUUCAUGAGUUGGGGAGAUCAACAAUGGAGUCAAUUCUUCAGGACUUGAUCUCAAGAGCAAGUGCUUCUUUGGCAAUUCUAGCUGCUGUAUCUGAUUCCCCCGAGGAAAUGUUGCAGCACUUGAAUGGAAUGUUUCCAUCAUGGGUCAAAUUGAGAGAUCGGAAACUGCUAGAAAGUUCAGCAAAUGACAUAAAAGCUGAUGUGGUUGUGGCACAGGAUGGGACUGGGAAUUACAGUACAGUCUCAGAAGCAGUUUCAUCGGUGCCUGAUAAGAGCAAGACAAGGUACGUGAUAUAUGUCAAGAGAGGAACUUACAUAGAGAAUGUGGAAGUGGGGAAGAAGAAAAAGAAUUUGAUGAUUGUUGGUGAUGGUAUGGAUCAGACCAUCAUAACCGGUAGUCUCAACGUGGUUGAUGGAUCAACAACCUUCAAAUCUGCCACUCUUGCUGCUGUUGGUGAUGGAUUUAUACUGCAGGACAUUUGUGUUCAAAACACAGCAGGGCCAGAGAAGCAUCAAGCCGUGGCGCUCCGUGUUGGAGCUGAUGAAUCUGUCAUAAACCGUUGCCGGAUUGAUGCUUACCAGGACACUUGCUAUGCACAUUCUCUGAGGCAAUUCUAUAGAGACUCCUAUGUCACCGGAACUGUCGACUUCAUCUUCGGCAAUGCAGCUGUGGUAUUCCAAAAAUGCAAACUCGUGGCCCGACUACCCAUGAAAAACCAGAAGAACAUGGUAACAGCACAAGGCCGAACUGACCCGAAUCAGAACACUGGAACUUCAAUCCAGGAUUGUGAUAUCAUAGCAAGCCCUGAUCUCACCCCGGUUCAAAGCUCAUUCCCAACAUACCUUGGUCGUCCUUGGAAGGAGUAUUCCAGAACGGUAGUGAUGCAAUCAUACAUUGGUGAUCAUAUUGAUCCUGCUGGUUGGGCCGAGUGGAAUGGGGAUUUUGCAUUAAAUACAUUGUAUUAUGGGGAGUAUAUGAAUAGAGGACCAGGCGCAGGUACUAGCAACAGAGUACAAUGGCCAGGUUAUCGGGUAAUCACUGACCCUGCUGAGGCUAUGAAGUUCACGGUGGCAGAACUGAUACAAGGCGGGGCAUGGUUGAAGUCCACCGGAGUUGCCUACACUGAGGGAUUAUGAAUCAGGAGCAUUACUCAUCUGCAUUCUGCCCAUAAACUGUAUCACUAUGACUAAUCUACCGUUAAUAUUCAGAAUGUUAUCAAUUUCAUGAUUCUCCGCCUGCUUGAUUUGAUAUAGCUGUAGAUUAUCUACUGUCUUGGACACUCUGGAUGAAGAUUUGAUAUAGCUGUAUUGGCCAGUGUAGAACAUGAAGGGAAUUGAAGUAGAAAUAUGGAGCUGAUAAUGACAAAGCUGGUGAACAGUUGAUCAC